AUGAUUGAUCGAAAGCAACAAAUGUGGCGGAAAGUUCUGCUUUACUUUGGUACCUACCGGAAUGGUGUGCUGCUUUUUGCCACGGUGACCUAUGUAAUAGCAUUCUGUAUCCGAUGCAACCCUUCGACAAGCUAUUGGAUUACAUGCGAGUUUUUCCGACAACUUGGACCAUAUAUAACCAUGGCUGCGGAAAUGAUUCCUCGAAUGUUGCCGAUUCUCGCGAUGUUGUUCGUUUCACUGUUGGCAUUCGGCCUGGUCCGUGAAGCAAUCACUUAUCCCUAUGAGAACUGGCAUUGGCUUCUACUCCGGAACAUCUUCUACAAACCGUACUUCAUGUUGUAUGGUGAAGUCUAUGCGCCAGAGAUCGACGUCUGUGGAGACGAGAUAUGGGAUGCCCAUAUAGAUGAAGGAGUGCCGAUUGCGUCUGGUUUGCUCAACAUCACGGUAUGGCUGAGUCUUGGGCAUUUGCAAUUCACAAGUCCAUAUGUGCUGUUGAAUCACAUGAUCACAUGGAACCACGCAAGCCACUAUGCUACUGCUCUCUUCUAG